AGCGCCGCACCAUGACACUCCACUGGACUUAAGCAAUAAGGAUUUCCGUCUCCACGCCAGUCAACGCGCAGCUGUAUCUUUCACGAAACAAAGUUUGGAAAAAGUUGUCCACUUGUUUUUUUUCCAAGAUGCCACGCUCUUUUCUGGUCAAGAAACACAUAAACUCCGCAAAGAAGCCAAAUUACAGUGAGCUGGAGAGCCCAACAGUGUUCUUCACGCCGCACAUCUACCGGGGCAUCCCCCUGCCUGUCAUCCCCCAGCCGGAGAUCCUGAGCCCGGGUGCGUACAGCCCCAUCACCGUGUGGACUACCAGCAACCUGCCUCUGUCUCCGCUCCCCAGUGACCUCUCGCCCAUCUCGGGAUACCCAUCAUCUCUCUCCGACGCGUCCUCCAAAGACCACAGUGGCUCCGAAAGCCCGAGGAGCGAUGAGGAUGAGCAGAUGCUGCCCAAGCUGACAGACCCACACGGGGUCGAGGCGGAGAAGUUCCAGUGCAGUCUGUGCAGCAAGUCCUACUCCACGUACUCUGGACUGCUCAAGCACAAACAGCUGCACUGCGACGCCCAAACGAGGAAAUCCUUCAGUUGUAAAUACUGCGAGAAGGAGUACGUGAGCCUGGGAGCUCUCAAGAUGCACAUCAGGACUCACACGUUGCCUUGCGUUUGCAAAAUAUGCGGGAAGGCUUUCUCCAGACCGUGGCUGCUCCAAGGACACAUCAGGACGCACACCGGAGAGAAGCCGUUCUCCUGCCCUCACUGCAACAGGGCUUUCGCGGACAGGUCCAAUCUCAGGGCUCACCUACAGACCCACUCGGAUGUGAAAAAAUACCAAUGCAAGAACUGCUCCAAAACCUUCUCCAGGAUGUCUCUUCUGCACAAGCAUGAGGAAUCUGGUUGUUGUGUAGCACACUGAACUGGAGAUACUUUUCCACCUACCAGCAGAAGAAAAAAAAAAAAAAAAAAAAAAAGCCCCUCUUGUUGCUUCUUUAUUUUUCCAGGAGAACUGUCAAGGAAUCACAUCGAAGGGGGGUUUGUUCCCAAAUAUGCAGACUUUUAUUUUUUUUUUCUACUUCGAGCGGUCCAUUUCAUUUCAAAGUGAGAAAUAACUCUGUGCUCACGUGCUCCUCGUUUUCAAGCAGUGUUUCUGUGUCGAGCGUUGUCAUGUCUUGUACUCACCUACCUGUGCUAUUCAUGCACUUUUCCCUGCAUGUCUAGAAUGUUUUGUAUGCCUUAUCAAUGUUAUUUUCAGUGUUUUGUAUAAUGUCUAUCAAUGGCUGUUAUGCAGUCCUCCACUUUCUUUUUAUACGCACCACACAAACGAUACCAAAAGGCGCAUUAUGAAUGACAGUACACAUGUAACUAGAGGAAUACUGAAGCCAUUGUUACUUAGGGAACAAGUGCAAACUUUAGGUUUUUAGGGUGAAAUUAAUAUAACUUUUGCACAGUCAUUAGAAACAGUUUGCCAGCACUCAAAAAGCAGAACAAACCUUCUCAAGUGCCUCAGUUUUUCUUGGCAAUAAUAUGUAUUAUUCAACAGUUUCCUGUUAUAUUUUUAUAUAUUGAAUGUAAGCGUGACUGAGAUGAUUGUAUAUUUACAGUGGAAACUGUGAUGCUGAAUGACUUUUGAUAUUUUCAUA